AGCUGGAUGUCARGUGGCCGUGUUACGGGGUGGAAGUGGGAAGCUCUUGUCAUUAGAGCCGAACACAGCGCUGUUGUACAUGAUGCAGUUCAUGCUCCUGUUCAGUCGGCAAGGCAAGCUCCGGCUCCAGAAAUGGUACGUGCCUCUGUCUGACAAGGAGAAAAAAAAGAUCACCAGAGAGCUGGUGCAGACAGUCCUGGCCCGGAAACCCAAGAUGUGCAGCUUUCUGGAGUGGAGAGACCUGAAGAUUGUGUACAAGAGAUAUGCCAGCCUGUACUUCUGCUGUGCCAUUGAGGACCAGGACAAUGAGCUCAUCACUCUGGAAAUCAUUCACAGAUACGUGGAACUGCUAGAUAAAUACUUCGGCAGUGUUUGUGAGCUUGACAUUAUUUUCAACUUUGAGAAGGCUUACUUCAUCCUGGAUGAGUUCUUGUUGGGCGGGGAGGCUCAGGAGACGUCCAAGAAAAAUGUUCUGAAGGCCAUCGAGCAGGCUGACCUGCUGCAGGAGAAUAUAGACUUUCAGAUGCGCCUCUUUGCAGGUGUGAUGAUCCCAAAUAUGACAUCAGAAUCCUCUGGUCUUUUCCAGAGUUAGGUCGGCUAAGCCCCGUCAUGAGUACUUUAAUGUGCCUGUGUACUGACUGGCUGCCAUCGCUGCUCCUGCUGCUGCUGCUGCUGCUAUCCACCCUGCAUGCUGAGCUACUCAGUGCCUGGCACCUUUCUUUCUGCUCUGARCACCUGACAUUGUCAUUGGUUUGGGGGUGUAACAAUACACUCAGUUUGUUCAAAGUGACAGUCAUGGUACAGUCUUUUUAAAGAAAACAGCUUCAAAUUAAACUAAAUUUUAUCAUUAAGGCUGCUUUUUUCUUAUUAGAGCCAGUAUAAAGAUCACUAUCAUGAUUUUCAUCAACGUUUUGUAACAUGACUGUCAGUUCCACUGGAUUUUUAUUUAUUUUAUUUUUUGUGUGAAUUCCUGAGCAUCUAUUUUUAUGUUUAUGGGUAGAAGAUUUGUGUUGUGUGUCAUCAGGAUUCACACUGUGCUCCAAAUUUAAAGUUUGUGAUUAAACACUCGACAGUUUGUCUUUGGCUUCAGAAAACACUCUUGGAUCAGGAUGACACACA